AUGUCGGAGCAUUCGGGAACUCCUCAAGACGACUUGGGGCCAGAGGCCAAGUUUGCCCGUUUCGUGGGAGUCAACUUGGAAUUGUUCAGAGCUCACACUAGCCAGCUGGAGUACAUUGCUGUCUCUCAUGUCUUCGGCAAGACAGAGUGGUGCCAGAUACCUGGAAUUCAGGGCGAGGUAUUAGCAUCGAGCCAAAAAGCGGCUUUCAUCGAGAAUGAACUUCCCUCGCUCGUUGGUGAUCAACCUUUCUGGAUGGACAUCUUGACAGUCAACCAGAGGAAUCAGGCUGAAGUAAUUUCUGUCGUUGACAUUAUUCCUCAAAUCUUCCGUGAUGCCUUAAAGACACUAGCGAUUCGAGAAGAUGACGGGAUAUAUACUUGCUGUAGAACUGCGCUUGGAAAAUUGGACUGGCAGAAUCUUUCUCAAGCGUGGCAAGAUCAUACUGAACAGCAUAGGGAUGAUUUGCGGGACGAGUCUUACCUGCAACGCCUAUGGACCUUUCAAGAAUGCUUGUUCUCACGUGAGAUACAGUUUGUGGUCUGUCGAAGAGGUGAGUACAUAUACCCGCCCUACAGUAGUAGUACCGAUGAGCUUAGACCUUUAGAAAGUCACUCCAAUGGGGAUGGCGGUGUGGCUGAAAGAUUCUACAAAAAUCGAGUGGACGUGCAGCGUAUAAUGGAGUCUCUUUGGGUCCUUUGGCACUGUUUCUGGUCAUCUUCUGACUUGGGACCAACGAUCGACGAGUUUUCACAUGCAUAUAUUCAUUGUAAGACUAUCACACGACCAAGACCUAGGCGAAGAACUGAGUCUGAGGACAUACAUACUGGGCUCUUUCGGAUGGCGACAUUGACAUCGCAUAGAGUAGCGAGUAAGCCACGCGAUUAUAUCUUUGCAAUCAUGCCACAAUUCCCUUGGUACAAUUAUCCCAGCAGUGCGAAGGAUAUGACGUUCAGUCAGAUUUUUCUUGAUCUAUAUGACCAAGCAGCCAAUACUGGACAUCAAUUCACCCCAAGAAUUACAGCGUCUAUGAUAGAAUCUAUCACUGUGGAGGUGAAUGACGCUCUCCUGCCAAGCGAGCAUCAACCUGAGCCCGAAUGCCUAGGGGAUUUUCUUAAGUUGCUCGGUCAGCGCCUUUCAGUGGAUCCACCGGCGGGGUCUUCUUAUAUUCACGUUACAACCAAUGUGCUCGUCACAGAGAUUACCGAUGUGUCACGAAACAACUUUCUUGAAAUUAUUAGGUCAAGUAUGGAGUAUUCUGAAGACCUAUGGCGUUUCAGCCACCGAGGUGGUGAGCUGUCUACGUUCGGUAAUUUUCCACAAAUUUCUUGGGAGCUUGAUGUCAUGGAUGCAGCUACUCUGGGCUGGGUUCCUGAUGCCGGAAGUUCUUUCGGCGAUGCACUUCUUAUGACAGAAGAGAAAAGCCAAACGACAAUCAUGACAGGGCCAAGACUGAUUUUCAGGGAAGGUCCAAUAGGAGAAGAUCAUGACUUAACAAGGAUUGAAGAAGAUCGUAGCAUGGAGCAUGUCACAAUCCUCCAACAGUCGCGAAAAAUUCUUGAUCAUAUGUGGUGCGCAUCGGAUCGUAUGACGAAAGAUCCAGCCCAAGAGAGUGAUUUCAAGAUUUUCGUAAGUACUCCGAGAUUCAAGUGGCCCAAACCACUAUUGCAGACGAUGUUACUUCUGGCAGCCAUGGUCAAUUGUCAGAUCGGGCUUUCUGCUGCUCGAUGGGUCCACAAACGCUUUGUGCCGGUACUGAUAGCCUACGGGAAAGACACCAAAGUUCUUGGUCUACUAGCAAGGCAUGCUCGCCCAUCCAAACUGGGAGAGAUUAAAGAGAUGUAUAGCGCAGGCCACCAUCCUCAAGGAAAAUCAAUAGGAAAAGAUCUCGUCCUGAUUGACCCUGUAGUAUCGGCUGGGCCUUUGGGUAUUGUUCCAGACUUUCUCUACGUAGACCAGACCAGUCGUCAAUUCGAAACAAGGAUGAAAACACUCUACGGGGGCCUAAUUAAGAUUAUUGGACCUGGAAAGGUCGCAAUACCUUAUAUAUCUCCAGAAGUGUUGACCUCUCAGCGCCAGAAUAAUCCCAAAGACUAA